AAAGGUUCACCUUUUUCGAAUUAUCGACCAUUUCCAUAACACCUUUGACAUCUUUGCAUUUAAUGUCUCAAUUCUAAUCUUUAUUCACUUAUCACUCGUCUUCUUGUUUUCGCUCUUCUAACUUGGCAUACAAUUAACAAGCCAAACUGCAAUUCACAGUACAAGACAGAUCCUUACGUAGUAAAGCAGAUACAACAAGGACCCAAUAACCAAUGGCUACCGCGCAAAUCCAAACUCUAGCCAACAAAGAAUCGCAAAUAUCCGACCUGCAAACAAUUUCCAAACUAUUCCAUCUUAUUUUCCAUCGAAACAAGAACCAGCAUCGACUGACAAAAUGGUGGCGAUGGUUCGCCAUGCUCCGCCGGUCUACAGAUCGGCUUCUCCUUGAGCUUGAACAUGUCAAAUCGACUCCUUCUUUUGCUGAAGAAGCCGAGGCCCUGGCGCAGAGAGCAGGCGCUCGCGUAGAGUAUAUCUCUGAGGUUUUGGUGCCCAGAUGUCAUCUUGCAUUCAAAAACCUCACCAGCGACAAUCAAUUCGCGCCUCUCGGUCUCGUGCUCAUGGCAAAUCUAAGUCGACUAGACAGCAUUCUUGGCCGAUAUUACGCGCGCAAAAACACACACUUGCCACGGCGGUACUAUGAGUUUCACGAGCAAAAGUUAGCAGAGGACAUGGCUCGAGCUGCGGUGCUUGCUACAACUCCUCAGGGAGGCAUGUUAGCGGGCGAGUCAAGAAAGAAAAAUAAAAAAGAAGGAAGAGGAGGAGGAGGUGGGGCCGAAACCGCGAACUCUGUUCCCAUGAGCUCAGCAGCAGCAUUUCCCGAGGGCGGAGAAGAAGACGACAUUGGAGAAGCUGUUUCACGAGAUGCGGUCUUUGACGAUGAUGAUCUUGAUGUUGCUGCCGAUGCCGAUAUGGACAUGAAUCAAGACGCUGCGGAAGUGGAACUAAAACAGGCGUCCGCGGAUGAUGGAAGAUUACCGGGAACGAGCCCGAAUGUAACAGAAUCACUAGGCUUCAACUCUGAUUCAGAUGCUCAGGAACAGCCAGCGCCACCAGGUACUGAUGUUCUUUCAGAAGACAAGUCUUCUGGUGCUGGGCAAGCCUCCAAAAAGGCAUCAGGGUUGAAGAAAAAGAGGACAGGUGAUGACUCGACGAGUAUUCAGAAAAAGAAGAAUAAAAAGGAUGGGAGACAAUUCGGGGAGGGUCUUUCUACUGUCGCAGCAGCGAGGCCGGAAAAGACUGAGAGGGAGACGUCAAAUGUUAGACCUAUGCCCAAGGAAUUCAAGGAAGGUCUCAAGAAGAAAUCGACGAGCGAAGACAAAGACAAGAAAAAGAAGAAAAAGUCGAAAAACGCCAUUGAUGAUCUUUUUGCUGGACUGGGGUAAAUAACUUGACAGUCUGUUUUUAUUCAUUAAAGCCUUCUUUGAUCUCUCAAACUACCAAGUGGUUGCAUCUCCGCACGACCACAUAGCCUUGGGCUGCCAUUACCCGCUCUAUGGAAUGAUAUUCGAACAGGAAUGAGCAUUUCCAGGAAAAGGGUAAAAAAAAUGGCAUCCAUUUGAGUCUAUACUACUAGCCAG